AUGGCGGGGACGUCUGUGUUUGAAGUGACCGCAUCGGACAAGGACUCAGGCUUGGACGGAGAGAUAGAGUUCAUAGUCGUCAAUGGGGGAACUCCCUUCAGUGUUGAUAGCGGUACCGGUGUGGUUCGAGUGGCCGCUAACUUGGACUACGAGACGGACACGUCAUACAGCUUGGUGAUCCGAGCCAGGGACAAGUCCACCGCAACGCGGAGUGUUGCAGAGCAAACGAUCACCGUUACGGUGACCGACGUGAAUGACGUGACGGUCACGUGCGACUCUGUCGCCACACAGGUCAUCCCUGACCCCAACUCCGUGAACUACGUGGUGGCCACGCUAGCGUGCUCGGACAUAGACGACCCACCAACAGCCGUCACGUACAGCAUUCUCUCUGAAGUGGCGCUGCCAUCUGGGACUACUACAGCUGUAUUCAGCCUGACCGGAUCGAACCUGGUGCUGACAGGCGACCCUCAGAACACAAGGUACCUGGUGACCAUCGAGGCCACAGACGGCACGAACAGCACCCAAGUCGAAAUCGUCAUCAUCACGGAGACCCAACUGAGACUCACAGCUCUCACGUCCCCUGUGACGGUGGACGAGGGUGUGUCGGGCAACACACUACACAUCUUCAACUGGACUGACGUGUUCCCCUUCGCACGGGUCACUAUUACGUCAGGGAAUGACGACAACAAGGUGAUCCUAUACAGCACCUCGGGCGACCUGGUCCUCCUGUCUCCUUACGACAGAGAGACCACAGGCUCCUACAACUACUUCGUCCAGGCGUCCACCUCGUCCAAUCAGGUGGCGACAACAACUCUCACAGUGGAGGUAAAUGACGUCAACGACAAUACUCCAAAGUUCGAAUCCAGCAUCUACUUCGUCUCCAUCUCAGAAAACGCAAUCGUUGGGACCACUAUCAUCACGCUCACAGCAACUGAUCUCGACUCGGCUGCGUUCGGCCCUGUCGCUCAGUCUAUAGUCUCUGGAAACACAGACGGCGACUUUGCCAUUGACCCGGUCUCAGGAAUUGUCAGACAGGUCAAACUUCUCGACCGAGAGCGGACGGACUCUUACACAUUGAUCUUGAAGGCCACUGACCAGAACAAUGUGUCCUCAACAGCCACACUGACCAUCGCAAUAACGGACAUCAAUGACAACGAUCCCGCCUUCUCCCAGCCAGUCUAUGAGUUCAACGUGGAUCACAACACGGGGAUGGGGGUAAGUAUUGGAAAUCUCAGCGUAGUUGACGCAGACGACGCUGUAAACGCCGAGACUGAUGUGGUCAUUGACGAUGCGGGAGUCACUGGUAUCUUCUCUCUGAGCGGUCUUCAAGUCGAGACAGCCACGAUCAUGGACUAUGAAGUGGUGAGAAGGUACAGUUUUCAGGUCAAGGUCACAGACAAAGGUGCCACCAGCAGGUCCGGCACAGCUAGAGUGGUUGUGAACGUUCUCCCAGCCACGGAAGAGCCAAAGUUUGACCCUGUCCUGGACACAAUCACCAUAGACGAAGGGACGUUGGCUGGCUAUCAGGUGUAUGACCUGGACGCAACUCUCCUCGGUGCCUCAGAGACUGACGGAACGAUGAAGUACUCUAUAAUGUCGGAAACCCCAGCUGGGGGGUUCACUGUGCGUUCGGACACUGGUCAAGUGGUCAGUCUGGUUACUAUGGACUACGAGACCAGUGCAAAGUAUGAUCUCACUCUUCAAGCGUGUAUUGUCCUUGACUGCAGUAUCAAAAAAGUCGAUUUUACUCUAACCAUUGCCGUGAUAGAUAUAAAUGAUAAUACACCUUAUUUUAAUGACGGUUCCUACUCAAUUCAAGUCGAAGAAAUUGUUAAUGUCAGUACGGUGUUAGAUACGAUCAUCACAGCCACUGAUGAAGACAACUCCAGCCCUUUUAAUGUCCUCACCUACACACUCACGGGAACGUCGACUGAUUUUGAGCUAGUGGACUCGACUUCUGGAGCAAUCAAAGUAGCAAACAGCCUAAACUUCCAGAGUCAGAGCGAGUACAGCUAUCUCCUGAGCGUCUCCGACGGGGGAACCCCGGCCAAGUCGGCGCAAGUCUCCGUCGUCAUACAGGUGCAGGACUCCAACACCAACGACCCGAUAUUCACCACGGGCAGCACUAUCGACACUACAGGAACGAUUACAGUAACAGAUUCAACCCUGCUGACGGACGCCACCAAGUACAUUCGAUGGGUCAUUUGUCGUUCCACGGACGGCGGGGUCGUCACGUCUAGACUUUCGCUUAUCAGGAUCGAUACUUUCGACAGGGACACCCAAAUGAUCGUGAUCGAAUUCGCAGAGUCUCUGACAAAUCUCAGGAAUAAUAUGAUUCUCCAGCAGUCUGCAGACGGCAGUCCAGUGGCCGGCCUGUCCGAUCCGUCCAGCUUGACUGUGUCCACUGUCCAGCCUUUCGGCUCAACCGCCACCUCCAACUCCUUCUGGAAGACGCCGGCUGGCAUCGCCAUCCUCGUCCUCAUAACCCUCUUUAUCGUCAUCCUCGUUGGCUUCGCUGUUGUAUGUUUGCUGUACAGAAGGGAGAAAAAGAAGUAGAGACAGGGUGUCUGCUGUAUACAUAUCUGGCUUACGAGACAAACGUAUGGUUUUUUUUAUUUUUAGAAAGAGCUUUACGGCACUUGUAAAACAAGAAAGGUCCUAACAUAAGUGUCUGAGAUUAUACCAUCCUCAUUGGCUUGGCUGUAGUGUGUUUGCUGUACAGAGAGGGAAAGAAGUAGGGAAAGAGUCUUACAGGGGGAGACGUAUCUGUUGUAUACAUAUCUAGCUUUCGAGACAAAGUGUUAUUUACUUUCAGAAAGAGUUUUACGGCACUUGCAAAAACAUGGACCAUAAUAUAAGUGUCAGAGAUUAGAAGUUCUUGUAAGGAAUAAAAUGCAAAUAAAGAACAUGAAUAAAAGAUACGAAUAACAGAUGUUUGAUAGGAAGAUUGUGUCUUUAAAUCCGUACAAAAUAUACCGGAGUUUGAUUUAAAAGUGAACAAGAUUUUUAUUGACCUUUACCGUCUUUCAGCCAGCGCCCAAUUAAGAGCAUCUAUUGUGUCUGUUGACAGCGCAAAACAUUUAUUUUAUCGUCAGCCAGUGUUACAAUGUAUUUAGCCCAACUUUGAGAAGUACAGUUUCUCUAUUGUGGUAUCGGUUCAAUGUUCUCAAGAAAUUUUAAUAUUUCGUCGAAGUUCUAAUUGUAAUUAAAUGUUGAAAAAAGACAAGGAAAAGAAAACCCAACUGUAUCAUGAAGGAGCAAAUGUUAAAACAAUGAAACAGUUUUUCCUCUCAUGCAAAACUGCUUCUGGACUUAGUGCAUAUUAACAGCUUGCCGAUGUCAAACGAAUUUAAAAUCAGUGCCCCUGACCGUGGGAUUUUUGUUCAGCCUGCCGAGAACAGACAUGUUUUUUAAAGCGUAUCAGGGGAGAUCACCGUCUAGUAUGCGUGAGAAAAAAAAACAGCUGUAUCUAUCUCCCCUGGGCAAAGGUCCAUUAUCAUAGAACAUUUAAAAAAAAUUAAUCUCGACUGUC